AUGUCCAGGGGUUAUGGCCCGCUCCAGUGUGUGGCGGCUGUUAAACUGUCACAGCAGCUGCUAAGUGGGCCGGCUGCCCAGGAGUGUAGGGCAGGACCCAAGGACGCCAUGGAGGGAAGAGAAGCACCAAGGACGGGCUGGUCCUGGAGGCUCCGGUUGUUUUUGUACUUUAAGAUGGAGCCAAAGGUGUACGUGUCGGCGGGCCCCACUGCGCUCCUGGACGGGGCCAGCGAGUCUCUGGUGGCCACGUGCAUCGCAGAGAGGGGUCUUCCCGUGGCCGAGGUGUUCUGGGAGACACAGCUGACGGGGCGCAGUGAGCGGCAGAGCCAGGUGGAGGCGGACGGCACCACCUCUGUGCACCUUCACUACAUGUGGCAGCCCCAGAGCCAGGGCCAGGGCCAGCUCCUGACCUGUGUGGUCCGACACCCGGCCCUGCAGAGCGACUUCCACAUCCCCUACACUCUCAGCGUGCACUUGUGUGUGUGUGUGUGUGGUCCGACACCCGGCCCUGCAGAGCGACUUCCACAUCCCCUACACUCUCAGCGUGCACUGUGA